AUGGUGAACUGGGUGGAGAACUACCGCAACGCCAACUGGCCCAUGGUCUACUACAUCACGCUCGUGCACAUCGGCGCCGUCGUGGGCGCCACGUGCCUGCCGGAGUGCAAGACGCAGACGUACUGGUGGCUCUUCGGUCUCUACGUGCUCAACGGCCUCGGAAUCACCAUGGGAGCCCACCGCCUAUGGGCGCACCGCAGCUACAAGGCCUGCGGACUCGUGCGCUUCCUGCUGAUGCUGUGUAACGCAAUGGCCAACCAAGGAACUGUUUUUCACUGGGCGAGAGACCACCGCGUGCACCACAAGUACUCGGACACGAGCGCCGACCCGCACAACUCCGGCCGCGGCUUCUUCUUCGCACACAUGGGCUGGCUGCUGGUCAAGAAGGACCCCAAGGUGGUCAAGGCCGGCGAGGGCCUCAACUACGACGACCUGUGGGCUGACUGGACCGUCGUGCUGCAGGAGAAGCUCAACCCGUGGGGUAACCUCUUCAUGUGCUUCGUGUUCCCCAUGCUGGUGACCAUGCACUUCGCCGGCGAGACGUGGUUCAACGCACUCUUCGUGUGCGGCUUCCUGCGCUACGUGCUGGACCUGCACGCGACCUGGCUCGUCAACAGCGCCACGCACUUCUACGGCUCGGCCGAGUAUGACGACACCAUUUGCCCGCGCGACAACUGGCUCGUGUCCGUCUUGGCGCUCGGCGAGGGCUGGCACAACUGGCACCACAAAUUCCCGUACGACUACUCCACGGGCGAGGGCGAGUUCCUGCAGUUCAACCCGACCAAGCUGCUCAUCGACAUCUGCGCGCUCUUCGGCCUCAUCACGGAGCGCAAGCGCGCUACUGCUAUCUGGCACCGCAUGCGCGACGCGCGCGCCAAGGGCAAGCUGGCCGACGUCGUGGAUCCGGAGGGCGACGAGCCGCUCAGGGCGUUCGCCGAGCUCAAGUCCAAGAUGCUGUAG